CUGGCCCGAGAUGCUGGAGGAGGAGGGGAGUAACCCGAGCUGGGCCGGGAUGCGAGCAGUUGCCGCUGCUGCAGCUGCUGCCUCCGGGACUGUGGCCGCUGGCGGGAAGGAGGGGGGCACAGUUGCUGGACACCGCGCGCUGUCCCGGGUGUGCCCGGCAGCACCUUCCCCACCAGGUUCCUGCGCCGCGAUCGCUGGUCGUCCCUGCCCUGCGCGGCUUCCACCGCCUGAGGGUGACCCACGCCAAUGGCCAGGUCACGAAUCUUGGGGUCACCGCAGGGCUGGACCAAGGAGUGGCAGAGUUGGGACUCGUCUGCGCAGAAUAGGAAAGAUCCUGUCCCGACCCACGUUCAGUGCUAUUCUCCUGGUCACAGACCCAAGGAGGUGUUCUAGACCCGCGGAGAGGAUUCUCUCUAGAGCUGCCGGCUGGGGUGGGCGGCGCGUCCCCAGUGGUGCCAGACGAGGGAGUGUAAAUGUGAGAUGGAGAAGAGGGAAGAGAAUUUGCUCCACCAAAGCAAGAAUACUGAAGACUAUUGGAAAAGUAAAGUUAAAUAACUUGACUCUCCACAUGGAGACACCUGGCAGAUGUAAACCCUCCAGCCUCAAGUUCAACAGAAAAGAAGCUCUUAUGUGUCCAUUCUUGAACUGUGGCCAAGGAGAUGAGAGCUCCUAAUGGACAGGCCUGAGGUCACUGCCCACUCCUGGAGUGAGGAGGUAGGAUCGGCGUUAU